UGUACGAAGCCACUUCGUGUUCGUCCAUUGGUUCUCGGUGGGCCAGUUAGAAUAUAAAACGGACCAAAGAAAUAUGGCCGCUCCGUGGCGAAUGUAAAUACGAUCGCAUCGUCCAAAUAUUGUAUCCGCAUUCAUCAUUUGCACGUCAAGCAGUUAAACAUUCAGAGUUGAAAGCAGUGCCUUGAUUUUAACAUGAGUGACAAAGGAUUUGAUCCAUGCGAAUGCAUAUGGAGCCAUGAGCUGGCAAUGCAGCGUCUCCUCUCGAUUCUGCGGCAGACGCAGGCUUAUUGUACCGACAAUGAAUGUCUCAACCUGUCGAGACUUCCUGGGCCCAGAAAUGGCUUACCAAGUUCGGAUUUCUUUCUGAUGUGCAUGACUUUUGGGAUCAUCGCUUUAAUGUAUGCACUUAGGCCAAGAUCUCUUCGCCAGGAAAGGGCCGAAGGUAGCAAGACACGGAAUAACGGAGGCGGGCCCAAUGGCGAUCCACCUGCUCCUCCGCCAACAGCCGAUUGAAGACCACCUUGAUGUUAUCUAAAGUUCAUUAAGCUCUUAUAGCUGGAUCUAUCGAGCUUAAAAUCGUUAAAGACAAUAAAGCAAAUAAUUGAACCGUCACUUCUCCGUUUCACAUGAUAAAUAAGGGUCGUAAUGAAAAACGUAAUUUUGAUUAAGGUAUAUAACUACGAAAAUAGGGAAGAGGACCAUAAUUAUAAAUAUUUAUGUAACAGUACAUACACAAAAGUGCCUUUCUGGCUUCUUAGUAUUGUAGAUCAAAUUAAAUGCUUUCAAAAAAGAAAAAGGUAAUUGCGAACAAGAGCUGUAUGGAUUUCGAUAUACCUUGAUCGAUAUAAAAUCAAUAUUUUUUAAAUAUUAUUUUAAUGAGAACGAUGCAAAUUUUGAAUCUCCAAUUGGAUGCUGAGCAUAUGAUAAUUAGAGAUUAUUAUUUUUCAAGAUAUUGUUAAAUUAAUAAAAAUAGCAGAGGGUCCAACUAUUUUUAGCACAUUUUUCGAAGUCCUCUACAAUAUUUUUUAUACUCCAAGAAGACCUUUUUCUAAGAUUGUAACAUUCCUGCAUAAUCUCUUCAAAUAAUAAAAUUGGUUAAUUACUCACGA